AUGAAUCCAGGACUAAGUCAUGCACAAACAGGCCACCAUACAGCCGCCGAGGACUCACACUUGCCAGCCGUCAAAGGAAUCCUCAAGAAAGCGACAACUGCACAGUCUGAGGUGAACGCGCCAAGUAGGCUGAAGUGGGACGAGGAGAACUUGAUUAUCACUGAGGCACAGAAGGACUCUACUAUGAAGAUUGACGAGCCCAAGACACCGUUCAUUCAUUACGACCAUGAGCUCGACAGGGUGCUGGACGCCGAUGAGGUGUUCAGACUGAACGGACCACGGAAAAAGCAGGCAGCAUUGGCUCACACUCCACCAGUUCCAUCUUACUUCAAAGGAAUGGCCGGCGAGGACGAGGACGAUGAAGUGGACGAUGAUGACAGGGAACCCAACGACGAACCCGAGGAGUGGCAAUCAUCUGACGAAGAAGACGAGCAAGAGUCCGAAAACAAGGCUGUUGACCAUGACAAGUUUGCAAGACUGAGAGCAAAGCACUACAACAUGCGGGAAGCAGUCAAGCUGGGACAUGCAUUAAGCCCGGAUGAUGACGACGAGGGCGAGGAUGCGGACGAAGACGAGGAAGCGGAGCAGCAACAGCAGCAGCCUGGAAGCGGGUCAAGGUCCAGAAGCCCACAUCAGACAUUCUCAUCGGGAUCUAAUUCGGGUAACAAGAAGGAGAAAGAUGACGACGAGGACUCUUUGGACAUGGAGCUGUGA